AUGCGACGGCGAACACUGUCUCCCUACCAUGGGAGGACAGCUGCUCCUCCUUCGGCCGAGGUGUCGUUAAUUCGCAGCUUUGACUCCCAGGUCAAUCCGUCGCGUCCUGUCAGGCAAUCUCCUUUGGCAACCUCUCAAAUCCAAGGAAUGCCUUUGGAUCUAAUUGAACGUCUGCGUUCAUUUCCUCUCUUCCAAGCUGCCUCCGACACCUUCCUCGCCGACAUUGGCCUCCUCCUAAAGCCGCAAUUAUUCACUGCCAAUGACUACAUCAUCACCGAGGGCGAAGACGCGAAGGCAAUGUACUGGCUCGUUCGGGGUGCGGUAGCUGUUACAUCACGGGACGGCGAGAGUACGUAUGCUGAGCUGAAGCCUGGCGCUUUUUUCGGGGAGAUUGGGAUCUUCAUGGAGAGGCCUCGCACCGCCACCGUCGUUGCUCGGUCAAGAUGCCUGGUGCUCAUUCUGAAAAAAGAAGAUCUAAAAACGAUACUGCCCAAAUACCCUGACGUGGAGCGAGCGAUACGUGAAGAAGCCUUGGAGAGAUUAACACAAUUGGAAAAGAAGAAGGCACAGGUGGUUCUGGGUACUGAAGAAGUCCCCUCGGCCGGGAGAAGGGGGUCGAAACGCAGAGCUGCAUUCCCGGAAGAUGUUUCAAUCAACGACGGUGAUGCAAAUAAAAGAAGGAAAUCUCCCAGUCCGGGUACCAACGAAGUCUCGACCGCGAGUGCCUUGGGACACGGUCUCGUCAACAUCCGAGCUACGUUAAAGGAGCUGCCGUUGUUUGCAUCUUUGCCGGCGGAUAUACUCCAUUUUCUAGGACUCAGCGCCUCGCCCAGGAGCUUUGCACCCUUUACGGAUAUCGUCAAGCAGGACACUAGGGGACGUGAGGUGUACUUCAUUGUCCGGGGAGAAGUGGAGGUCUUGGACGAGAAGAAUCCGUCAAGCCCUAAGAUGAACCAAUCGAACAUCCCCAAUGGUAUCCCUCCGACGCCUCGUGUGAUCGCACGUCUAAGGCCAGGACAGUAUUUUGGAGAAGUAGUCAGUCUGUCUUUGGCAGAUCGUCGGACAGCCACGGUUCGCUCGGUGUCGCAGGUCGAAUGCUUGAUGAUCUCUGAAAACGUCUUGGCCGAUUUUUGGGAUCGAUGCCCUCCAGAUAUUGUUCGACAGAUCGAGGAUACAGCAAAACAACGACUACAAAUAGCUUCCGACAAUGACGUUAUCAUGAAUGAGGCAAAUUCUGAGCCUAAGAUACAUCAGUUAGUCAUUGGCGAAGACAAGGAGAAGAUCACGAGAAAGGCGGCGCCACCACCUAGAGUCACCUUCACAGAUGCUGAAAUAUCCAGUCCCACCGACGAACCGGGGAUCGUCGAACCCUCCGAUCCAGAUCCUUUCCUAAGCGAAGGUCUUGAAAAGGUCAAGUCAAGGUCGAGAAGGGGUUCACUUGCUCCACCAUCACCCGACGAAGGGUCAAAAGAACAGAGACGCAGGUCACCUAGAAUAUCUCCUGUCACGACCAGCACGGCAAGUUCGUCUCCUCGGAGCUCUGUGUCUGCGACACCGUCUCCAACUUCUGAGCAGCAUCCUCCAGGCGCUUCACUGCCUGAGGCUCUGUCACCUGGCAGUCGAGCGAAACCUCGGUCUGAGCCCCGAGGCGGCCUCAAUCACGGCAAGAUUCCUGACAAGUUGUUGUUGUUGAUUUUUGAAUACCUCGAACUACACGACCUGAUGCGUCUUCGGACAGUGAGCCUACACUGGCAGCAUCUCCUUCACACUUCACCCAACUUGGUAGCCCACCUGGAUCUUUCACAGUAUAACAGGAGAAUCACGGAUGAUGUUUUGAUUAACCGGAUUUGUCCUUUUGUCGGUCAGAGGCCACGUUUCAUCGACCUCAGCAAUUGUUUCCACGUCACAGACGAAGGUUUCGCCGCGCUCGUCAGCACAUGUGGAGCCAAUGUGCGAAGUUGGCGGAUGAAAAGUGUUUGGGAUGUGACUGCUCCGGCGAUAUUGGAGAUGGCCAACAAGGCCCGCGGCCUGAAAGAAGUGGACUUUAGCAAUUGCCGCAAAGUCAGCGACACGUUGCUGGCGAGGAUCGUAGGCUGGGUGGUACCCAGUCAGCCCCAGCUGUCCAACCAGCGCAACAAAGUGAGUUCACAACGCCCGGUGCUGGGUACGAAGGUGAACACCGCUGUCCAGCAACCGGCUCCCGGUACGGUCAUCGGCUGUCCGGAAUUAUCCGCAAUCACGUUGAGUUAUUGCAAGCACAUCACCGACCGGACCAUGGCACAUAUAGCGACACAUGCAAGUCAGCGUAUUGAGUCGAUGGACUUGACACGAUGUACAACCAUCACCGAUGCAGGAUUCCAGUUUUGGGGCAACGUCAAGUUUGAACGAUUGAAGAGGCUGUGUCUGGCAGACUGUACAUACCUGGGUGACCAGAGCAUCGUAUGGUUGGUCAACGGGGCCGGCAGUAGGUUGGAACAGCUUGACCUGUCUUUCUGCUGCGCGUUGUCCGACACGGCCACAGAAGUCCUGGCUCUCGGUUGUCCAAACCUGACUCACCUCAAUCUUUCAUUUUGCGGCAGUGCCGUCUCGGACCCAAGUUUGAGGUCUAUUGGCUUGCAUUUGACAUCACUACAGGAACUCGCGGUCCGUGGAUGCGUACGCGUCACCGGCCUUGGGGUACAGAGUAUAGUGGAGGGUUGUCAAAAAUUGAAGUUGCUUGAUGUCAGCCAAUGCAAGAAUCUACAGCCCUGGCUCGUGUCUGGUGGCGUUGAACGCUGGCGAGCUGCAGGUCGAGAUGUACAGUUUGUCGUUGUCAGUUCCGGAACGAAGUUGGUUCGGUGA